GGAGAGUAGAGAAUGGUGUUGGCUAGUCAGGUUUAGUGAGAGUGUUUUAGACCAUCUGAGACAUUUUACACCCAAUUCUUGUGUAGUGCAGCAGUUCACAGGGGUGAGAUAAAGGGUCUGAAAUAUCGAAAUAGACACUGAAAGGCAUGGGCAGGAUUAAGGGCUGAAGGUUUCCAGUGUGCUUGUAGAGCAGUGGGAAGAAAAGGGCUCCCAAAGAGUAAAAGAUACAGAAAUACUCUGAAACAAGAAGCAUGUAUGCCUGGAUGCUCAUGGGAGCACUGCUUUCAAGGGAUGCAUCAAACCCAAAUCCAAGUGGGCAUUAAAGAAAAACAAUCCAUGGCAAUGAAAUCCUGCCUCCCUUGUAGGCAGUCAGUUUUGUCUUGGACUUCAAGGGAGCCAGGAACUUGCCCCUAGAGGUUAUUAAAAUCCUUUGUAAUAACAGCACUUCUCUAGAAACCCUUUACACCAGGCACUGGGGUUGGGACAGCCAAAAAGCAGCCUGAAUAGAAAAAUAUGCUGCAGAUGGCAGAGAAGACACUCAGAAAUAUUAAUUCCCCCCAACCCAAUUGCUCCCCAAAUGGGAAUAUUUAGGCAGAAAGCUGCAGCUGGGCAGAUCCAGAGCUGGAGAUCAGGUAGGAUACCCUUUUCCCAGGGUAAGAGGUUUCCCAAAGUGAAGCUGACUGCUCCAGCCAUUCCCAGUCCCUUCCCAAACCUCUUUGAGGGGGUGUUAUGGGGGAUGAACAGUGACAGUGUGGGUAUGCCAGUGUGCUGUGCAAUGAGUUGUGAGCCUCCAGAGAUGCAAUGUGGUGGGCAGGUUUUUCUGUUUAUUUUACUGUUGUCUUUCUCAUGGGAUGGGAAACCACUGCAAAGACCACAAAAAGCAGCCUGGAGCAGCGUCUGAAGUGAAUAACUGAAGGGAAACCCAUUUACUGCUAUUAAUACUGCUGCUAAAAUAAGCAAGCCAUGCCCUGGAGACAGAGAGGACCUCUCCAAGGAUUUAAGUCUUGCAUCUGGUUUGUUUAUCUGUUUGGCCUGAAAAGGAAAAAAAACAACAAAAAGAAAAGGGAUGUAGGGGUAUCCUUGAGAGCUUUUUUGUCUCCUCCAGGCUGCUCCCUGGAGACAAAAAUGGGAUUUUAUGUUUACAAAGUUGCAGCCUUUUCCGUGAGCUCCAGGUGCCAAGGACUUGGAAGAAGUGAGAGGCAGAGUUAAUGAGGUUGAUCGUCUCCAAGAACGAGCAAUACCCAAACUGAAGGAAAAUACACUGCACAAAAUAUUAAGAAAACUCCUUUUUUUAAAAAAAAUAUUUUUUGGAGAAGCUGAUUUCCUUUGGCUAGCAGGAGAAAGUGGAGAAAAUGAAGCCAAGUCUGCGAUUUUUCUUAGCUGGUUUUCUGUUGUUGAUUCUGCAGACAGGGCUUUGCUAUGGGAUAAAAUGGAUAGCUCUGUCCAAGACAUCUUUGGCUCUGGCCCUGAAUCAAACCCAGCACUGCAAGCAGCUUGAAGGCCUGGUGGUUUCUCAGGUGCAGCUGUGCCGCAGCAACCUGGAGCUAAUGCAGACCAUUAUUCAGGCAGCAAGGGAAGUGAUAAAGACCUGCCGUAAAACUUUCUCAGACAUGCGGUGGAACUGCUCCUCAAUAGAGCUGGCUCCUAACUACCUGCUGGACUUGGAUAGAGGCACAAGGGAGUCAGCAUUUGUAUAUGCCCUCUCUGCUGCUGCCAUCAGCCACACCAUUGCCAGAGCCUGCACCACCGGGGACCUCCCUGGCUGUUCCUGUGGUCCCAUCCCAGGUGAGACACCUGGACCUGGGUAUCGAUGGGGAGGAUGUGCAGACAACCUCAACUAUGGUCUUAUCAUGGGGUCCAAAUUUUCAGAUGCUCCCAUGAAGAUGAAAAAAUCAGGAUCACAAGCCAAUAAACUGAUGCAUCUGCACAACAGUGAAGUAGGGAGACAGGUCUUGAAAGCCUCUCUUGAAAUGAAAUGUAAGUGCCAUGGAGUUUCUGGGUCAUGCUCUAUCAAGACCUGUUGGAAGGGCCUUCAAGAACUGCGAGACAUUGCACUGGACCUCAAAACCAAAUACUUGUCUGCCACCAAGGUUGUUCACCGGCCCAUGGGCACACGCAAAUACCUUGUGCCAAAGGAUAUUGACAUCAGGCCAGUUAAAGAGACAGAGCUGAUUUACCUGCAGAGCUCACCCGAUUUCUGCAUGAAGAAUGAAAAAGUGGGGUCACACGGGACCCAGGACAGACAGUGCAACAAGACUUCCAAUGGGAGUGACAGCUGCGACCUGAUGUGCUGUGGCAGAGGCUACAACCCCUACAUGGACAAAGUGGUGGAGCGUUGCCACUGCAAAUACCACUGGUGCUGCUACGUGACCUGCAAAAAGUGCGAGAGGACUGUCGAGAGAUAUGUGUGCAAAUGAAAACUCUCCUCUGCACUCCUGGGAGCUAAGACAGCAGCAGCACCCCAGCACUGUUCAGAGAAGACAUUUCCUCGACUAGACAUCAUUUAUCUUGUAAAGACACAGACUUGAGGAGAGAUGGUAGGAGGAAAAGCAACAAUCACACCAGUGAAAAUAACAACAUAAAAAAACCUCCCAAAAAGCAACAAACCUACAAAUGUUUCUCCUCACCAAUAAAAUGCUCUCUGAGAAGACAAAAGUUCAUUUGGGAUGAUAUCUUCUUCUAAAAUAUUUCCUAUGGUUGCCAAUGAUGUCCAGCCAUCAAGUGCCUUAGUAUUCUGAGGAAUAAAUACAGAAACUUUCCCUGGGGGGAAAAAAGGCAACAUUUGUUUGACAGUAACUAAGGCUCACAACUGCCUGUGCCUUCUAGCACAGGUACUGGGUCUCCAAUAGGACCAUCCCACAAGGGAAAAUGUUACAACUUUUCAGCAAUAACUGCCUUUGUUGCCAAAGACUUAAUUUUCAGCACGGAAUCAUCCACUCUGAGUGAUAAAAAAGUGGAAAGAUUUCAGGUCAAUCCCCUGAAAUGAACAACUAAUUUUAAUCUUUCUUUUACACAGGUCUGCAACUUUGAGCUGAUUGCUGAAGGAAAAUAUAUCCUUGAUUUGUCCAGGCUGGACAAAAUUCAGCCAUGACAAAAAUCCCCUGAAAUCUUGGAGGCAGUGAGAGUAGGGUAGGCUGAGAAGGACUUCAUGGGGCCCACAAGAGAGCAGUGGAGCCUUUAGGAUAAAAUAAAAGAGUGAAAUCCAAGUCCAGUGAGAGAGUAAAGGCAAAAAAAAAAAGCAAGCUCCUGCUCUCUAUCUCUUUGCCCUUUGGGUGUGAUACCCUUAGUCACUGACACUCUUCCACACUGACCCACCAAAUCCUUGGGGAAAUAAGCCACUGGAUUCUUCCCCCACAAGAGUAUUGGUCCAACCUCAGGAUACUGCAGAGUGGAGCAGUCCUGGCUGUAGGGAGUACAUCCAUGGAAGUCAGCAGCUAUUCACAGCAGGAAGAAUGGGAACGUGUCAGUCCUUCACGUGGCUCUGCCCUGACACAGCAGAGAACCACUAUCUGUGGCUGUACAUAUUUUCUUUUGUAUGCAGAUAUACAGAAAUAUUUAUGUCUUGUGCUUUCAUCUACUUUACUUCCUACAUAAAUAUAUUUCUUAUAUUAUAAACAAGCAUUAACAAUAGUAUGAAAUAAAUGCUGAAGUUACUGGUGCAACAGCAAAAUGUUAGAUUAUUGUUUCACACUUCUACUUGGAAAACAAUUCUAAUUUUCCUCCUAAGCAUGGGAAAAGAACAUGGUUUGAGGCACUCACUGGCAUAGGGAUAGAUAAGUUUCUUUAUUCCCAGACUCCCCAGCCUCUAAAUGUUGAGCAGAAUUAGCCAAGAUACAGUCAAGACAAUGAAACAGAACACUUGGAGAAAGGAAGAGUCACCACUGCUAUUUUAUUCUUUUAAUCAGCGAUCACUCUCAUUAGUAAAAUUUCCUAGUGCCCCUGAGGAGCUUAAUAACAAACACGACUCAUACCUCUCAUGUCGUGGGUGGUUGGCUUCUGGCUCUUGCACAUGGAGAGGAGUUGCUGUGUAGGGGUGUUUUUAACAUAGCCUUGGCUCCCUUAUUUGCUUUUUUUGUUUGUUAUUGUUUUGUUUUGUUUGUUUGGGUUUUGGCUUUUUUUGUUUGGGUUUUUUUGUCGUUGUUUGGUUUUGUUGUUUAGGGUUUUGGGGGGGAUUUUUUUGUUUUGGGUUGGUUUUUUUUUUUUAGUGGUCAUCCAGCUCUGUGUACUGAUUACAAAAAGUGAUGUUGGAGAAGGAUGCUGCUCCAGGAACAGAAGGCAGCAGAGCUUCUGAUGUCUUUCAGAUCAUUCUUGAGCACCCCAACCCCAUGCAAAAUGCUAUAAUCAGCCAAAAAAUCACUCCUACACAAAGUCUCUGUCACUUUCCUAGGGGGAAAUAUGUCAGUAACACCACAAUCUUUCUCCAAAUCCUCUUUUUUUCCCCACUCAGUCAAUCCCCAGGGGCAAACUGCCUCUGACAUGUCUGUGAGCAGCCCUGGGGAAUUGGAAGAGAAAAGCAUCAUGUGCUAUAAGAGCAAAAUCAGAGGUAUUUUGUUCUCUUCAGCUAUUUUGCUUUGCUGUAAUGGGUUUGGUCUUGUUGCCUCCUUCAUUCCCCCAGUUAUGAGCAGGCAAAAAAAGACCUUUCAUUGUUUAACAGUGGUUUGUGUUAUUGUCACCUCAUAAAAGCUGAUGGAGUAAAACAUCUCUGCAGUGCAGUGAUGAGUGGUGGGUGUCUUUAGGCUGACAUGCAGACAGGCUGGUGGCACAAAUCCCACUGCUCUCCAAUGCCAGAAUUUGGCUUCAUUUGAUAUGUAAAGAAAUAAUCUACUCUCAUUUUUUUAAGGAAUUUUAUUUUUAUUUCCAGUUUCUGAUGAUGCCAACAAGGCACGGAUGUUCUGACUGAAGAAAAAUUUGAGCAUUUCAAUGCCAUUCUGUAAUGACUCUCUUUCUUGCUCCCUUGCUGAUGUCAUGAGUGUUUCUGCUUGGUGAAAAAAUAGUAAAAAGGAAGAAAUGGUCUAUACAUACACUAUUUUCAGCUGCAUUUCACUCCUCCCAUGUCAGACCUGUGAUCCUUGACUGGCUUUCUCAUGUCAGAAGUCAUCACCUGUAAUUAAAAGAAGUGAGUAAACCAA